AUGACACAACGACAAACAGGCUUGUUUACUUUGCAUUUGGUCUUCUUGUAUAUAACACUGUUUGUGAAUUUGACACUAGUCAUAACUGUUAUUCUGGAUAAAUCACUUCAUGAAUCUAUGUAUCUGUUUAUAUGCAGUUUAUUUGUAAAUGGAAUAUGUGGUGUUUCUGCUUUCUAUCCAAAGAUCCUUGCUGAUCUUUUAAGAGACUCCCACAUUAUAUCAUAUACUUUUUGUGAACUCACAUGUCUAACAGUCAUGGCAUAUGACAGAUAUCUAGCAAUUUGUAAGCGUUUGGAAUAUCUCUUCAUUAUGACUCACCAGAAGGUUGUGAAAGUGCUAGCUUUUAGUUGGAUCUUCUCCUUACUGCAAACAUCUAUUGGGGCUGUGCUGACAUCCAGUCAGACUUUGUGUGGUAGUGACAUUGACAAGCUGUACUGCUCUAACUGGGAGGUUGUUAAGCUAUCUUGUGCAGAUGUGACUAUGAACAAUGUUUAUGGCUAUUUCUUAAUACUUUCUCAGGUUUCCCAAAUUACAUUUAUCAUUGUGUCAUAUAUUUACAUAAUUAGAGCUUAUUUACAGUCCAAGACAGGGAAGGUUAAAUUCAUGCAGACAUGGCUUCCUCACCUAAUCACCCUAACAAACUUCUCUGUUUCUCUAAUCUUUGAUGUCAUGUUUGCCCGCUAUGGCAAAAGCCAAGCACAGCAAGCUCUGCGCAAUAUCUUGGGUAUGGAGUGUCUUGUUGUGCCUCCUCUCCUAAACCCUAUAAUAUAUGGAAUGAAACUGACCCAGCUGCGAUGA